AUGGCGCCCUCUCCGGAUAUCAAUGUUCGCGUCACCACCAUGGAUGCCGAACUGGAGUUCGCGAUCCAGUCGAACACCACCGGCAAGCAAUUGUUCGAUCAAGUCGUCAAAACCAUCGGUCUCCGUGAGAUAUGGUAUUUCGGGCUCCAGUACACCGACACCAAAGGAUUCCCGACAUGGUUGAAGUUGAACAAGAAGGUGCUUUCUCAAGACGUCAAAAAAGAUUCCACGCUGAUGUUCAAAUUCCGCGCCAAGUUUUAUCCUGAAGAUGUCGGAGAAGAAAUCAUACAGGAUGUUACAAUGCGUUUGUUCUACUUGCAAGUGAAGGAUGCUAUUCUAUCGGACGAAGUGUACUGCUCACCUGAAACAUCAGUGUUGCUGGCUUCGUUUGCAAUGCAGGCGAAAUAUGGAGACUAUCAACCAGAAACUCACAAACCUGGUUGUCUUACUGCUGAUAGGCUUCUCCUCACGAGUGCUGGACAGUUUAAAAUGAGCUCUGAUGAAUGGGAAAAACGAAUUAUGACAUGGUGGGCAGAUCAUAAGGGAACAAGUCGCGAGCAGGCAAUGGCUGAAUACCUAAAACUGGCACAGGAUCUUGAAAUGUACGGCGUCAAUCGUCUGUUCUAUUUGCAAGUGAAGGAUGCGAUUUUAUCGGAUGAAGUGUACUGCUCGCCUGAAACAUCAGUGUUGCUGGCUUCGUUUGCAAUGCAGGCGAAAUAUGGAGACUAUCAACCAGAAACUCACAAACCUGGUUGUCUUACUGCUGAUAGUAUUUCGAAAUCCGCAACAAAAAGGGGACAGAGCUCUAUCUUGGUUCGACGCUCUGGGACUGACAUCUACGAAAUCAGGAUAAGCUAUCUCCAAAGGUCGGAUUCCCAUGGUCCGAGAUCCGCAACAUCUCGUUUAAUGACAAGAAGUUUGUCAUCAAGCCCAUCGACAAAAAGGCCAAUGUACGACUUCAUAUUUUACGCACCUCGACUACGCAUUAACAAACGUAUUCUUGCACUUUGUAUGGGCAACCAUGAGUUGUACAUGCGUCGUCGCAAGCCUGAUACUAUUGAGGUGCAACAAAUGAAGCAGCAAGCCCGCGAGGAACGAGCACUAAAACAGGCUGAACAAGAGAGACUCAAUAAGGAAAUGUCCGCACGCGAGCAAGCCGAAGCACGUCAGCGUGAAGCCGAGGAUCGUAUGCGGCGUAUGGCUGAAGAUAUGGAGCGUGCUAAACGAGAACUUCUUGAGGCACAGAACACUAUUCAUAACCUUGAAAUGCAACUUAGACAGUUGCAGUUGGCAAAGGAAGCCCUUGAGACUAAAGAGAUCGAGCUCCGCGAGCUCACUGCUCAAUUGCAGUCUGAAAAGAUGAUGAGUGACGAGGAAAGACGAAGACUUCGCGAAGAAGUUGCUAUUCGUGAAGGCGAAGUUCAUGCUAUGCGCACUGAAGUGCAGCGUCAAACAGAAGUCACUCAUCGCCUCCAAGACGAAAUAGAGUCGGCGAGACGUGAAUCCGUGAUGCAGCACACCUCGGUCAUCAAUCAUCACACUCAUGUCCAGCACACGAUGCUCACUCGUGAGGAUAACCACACUGAUGAGGAUGAGAAUGGCAUCACAGAGCUCACCAAUGAAGCUGAUCAACACGUGCCACAGCGGGAACUGGAGCGCGUCACAGCUGCCGAGCAGAAUCAGAGCAUAAAAUCGAAGCUCGAGAUGCUCACCCGUGAGCUGGAGGUGGUCAAAGAUGAGCGCGCCGUUACCGAUUACGAUGUGCUGCACAUGGAGAACAAACGGGCUGGUCGGGACAAAUACAAGACGCUGCGUCAGAUUCGUGGCGGAAACACGAAGCGACGAAUUGAUCAAUACGAGAACAUGUAA